UCAGCCCGGCGGUUCCGCAUCGUGUCGCGGGCCGGGGCCAGGCAGCACUUGGAGGUGAACCUGGAGAAUGGAAUCCUUUUCGUGAACGAGCGGAUUGACCGGGAGGAGGUGUGUGAGGCUGGGGGGACCUGCCUGCUCCAUCUGCAGCUCCUAGUGGAGAGCCCGCUGGAGCUCUACCGCGUCGAGGUGGAGGUGCUGGACAUCAAUGACCACGCACCUACAUUUCCCUGGCAAGAGUAUGUGCUGGAGGUGGCUGAGUCUGCUGUGCUUGGCCCACUGGAGAGUGCCCAGGAUCCGGACGUGGGCACCAACUCGGUACAUACCUACCGGCUCAGCCCCAAUGCAUUUUUUUCUCUCGAAGUGCAGACGCGCAGCGAUGCCAGCAAGUUUGCAGAGCUGGUGCUGGAGCGUGCCCUUGACCGCGAGCAGCAACGUGCCCACCGGGUGCUGCUCACUGCUCUCGAUGGUGGUGUCCCUGAGCGCUCGGGCACAGCUCACAUCCUAGUCACGGUGCUGGAUGCGAAUGACAACGUGCCUGCCUUUGACCAGCCUUCAUAUGGCGUGAGCCUUCCUGAGGAUGCCCCUGCUGGCACCCUGGUCAUUCAGCUCAAUGCCACUGACCUGGAUGAAGGCCCCAAUGGGGAGAUCGAGUACUCUUUCAGUGGGCACGCACCACCACGUGUCCGGGAGCUCUUCUAUAUUGAGCCUCGGACUGGGCAGGUACUGCUGAAGGGCCCAUUGGACUAUGAACGGGCAAGUAUCCACGAGCUCUAUGUGCAAGCCAAGGACCGCGGACCCUCGGCUGUGGCCGUGCACUGCCGGGUGCUUGUGCACCUCCUUGAUGUGAAUGACAAUGCUCCAGAGGUGACCCUCACUUCUGUGUCCACGCCUGUGCAGGAGGAUGCCCCACCAGGCACUGUCAUUGCUGUCAUUAGCGUUCUGGACCGGGACUCUGGUGACAACGGGCGUGUGAGUUGCGAAGUUGGCCCCGACGUACCCUUUGAGCUCCGAUCCUCCUUCCGCAACUACUACACGCUGGUCACUACACAGGCACUGGACCGGGAAGUUGUGCCUGAGUACAACGUGAGCAUCACAGCACGGGACAUGGGCUCCCCUGCCCUGCUGACCCGCAGCACCCUCACCAUCCCAGUGUCUGAUGUGAAUGACAACGCCCCGCGCUUCCUCCAGCCCUCCUACAGUGUUUAUGUGAUGGAGAACAAUGCUCCAGGUGCCUCCAUCUGCUCUGUCAGUGCUUUGGACCCGGACUGCCAACAAAAUGCCUAUCUAUCUUACUCCAUUGCCGAUGGACACAUCCAUGGCAUGCCUGUGGGCACUUAUGUGUCCAUCAACUCAGACAGCGGGCACAUGUAUGCCCUGCGCUCCCUCGAUUACGAGCAGAUCCGCAGCUUCCAGAUCCAGGUGCAAGCCCAGGAUGCAGGUUUCCCACCACUCAGUGCCAACGUCACGGUCCAUAUCUUCGUGCUAGACCAGAAUGACAAUGCUCCCGUCAUCGUUUCCCCCAUGCUGCGCAAUGGCUCCGUGGCCACCGAGCUGGUGCCACGAUCAGCCAGGCCUGGCUACCUCGUGGGCACAGUGUCAGCAGUGGAUGCGGAUGCAGGACUGAAUUCCCGUCUCUCCUACCAGCUGCUCCAGGCCACUGACUUCACCCUCUUCAGCGUGGCACCGGACACGGGUGAGCUGCGCACACUCCGCUCCUUUCUGGAGCAGGACGCAACCAUUCGGUGCCGUGGAGAGAGGCGGUCCCGACAGGGUAAAGGCUGCUCACCGCCCCGCUGCCACUGCUGCCCUGGGUCCAGACCCUCCUCUGAUGGCCUCAAGACAUCCAACCUGACGGCACAGCCCCCUGCGGGGACCACGGCUGCCACCUGCCUCGACGUGCCUGGGGGUGGCCCCCCGGGCUACUGCUACAAGGUCUGCCUUGGUCCUGAGUCUGCCCAAAGUGACUUCAUGUUCCUCAAACCCUGCAGCCCCCUCCGGAACAACGAGAAGGACUCUGGGAAGCGGUCCCAGCUGAGCCAGAAUUUCCAGGUCUCCAAGCAGAUCAAACAGCCCAACAUGGACUGGCUGCCUCCAAGCACACGGCGACCUGCCCUGAAAAGCUCCCAGAGCCUGGAGGAUGUGGGGGAAAUCCGCAGAGCCCUCCAGAAGGAACAUGAGAGGCUGUGCACACUGGUGACCCCUGUCUCUGAGUUUCAGAAGGCUUCAGCAGGUGCCAACAGUGUCUGGACACCCCAGUAUAGCCCCGUAUACCCAGGGCACAUCCCAGCCCUGGAUUACCAGCACAAUGUCUACAUCCCUGGCACCCCCACUCUGCUUUCUAGCAAAGAUGCGCCCCUCUUCCUGGGCUGGGAGAACAAGAACAGCUUCUCCACCUUUGGCAAGAGGAAGAAGAUGACAACUUACUGUGACAUGCAUGACAGUGUGGUUAUCAACAACGACCUGAAAUAG